UAUUAUUUGACAUCACAAACCCGCCAGCAGCUUGUUGUACAGGGGGAUAAAGGAGCGGGUAGCAAGCGAUACCACGCUAGCCCUUCGGAGAGAUGGAGGCACCGAGUACUCCCACGCGGGGGAAUGGUGUGGUACAGACGACGUCGAAAGCGGGAGGGCCCAGAACACCGAGCGCAAACCGUCUCGCGGUAGCCGAGAGGGGAGUCGGCGCAAGGGUAGAGCGCGGGGAAACAGCUCCUGUCGACCCUCAUUUCCAGCAGAGCGCUAGGGCGUGGCGGUCAGGCGGUGACCGGAAGAUCAUGUUCGACAACAGAGGCGGCCACGCCCUGACCCCCGAGGCGCAGCGCCCUCCGGCGCUAGUGGCGAUUAUGCACGUGUGCGGGUGGCUGCUGAUAGCGGCGGGGAUGUUUCAGAUCGUUAUGUCCAAGUGUGCGGACUUCAGAUAUCCCCUUCACUGGGUAGGCGUCUUGAUGCUCCUCCUGGGACUGGUGUCGACGCUGGUGAGGGUGUACACGAACCGCUGCGGGACGAACCCGAAGUGGUCGGCAGGGAUUGCCGUAGCGACCGUGGCAGCUUGUCUCUCGUCGUGGCUUCUGGCGGAUGGUCCCCUCUACAAGGAGGUCAAAACCGCCGAGGUUUGCACCGAUGAAAACGUACGAGAACUGUGCGGAUACGAAGAGGUGGACGAAGAUGCGUUGCCAGAGGACAUCCCAGAUCUCAACGUCUGCGUCUGCCGAGUGGCGUCAGGGGCCUGGGACUUGUGCGUGGACUUCACCUCUAACUGUGAGAACAUCACCUCGGACAGAAGGUUCCUGCUCAUGUCGCUAAUCAGCCUGUGGGUCGGCCUGGGACUGGCGUUUAUCGUGGCCGUGGUGUCGAUGAGGGUGGUGGCCACGACCUACGACGCGGCGGCAAUCGCCAAGGCGGAGGAGAAGAAGCUCAUGAAGGCCAAGUUCGCCAGGGACUCGGCGACGGCGGCACCGCCUUUCGGGGGUCCCGUUUGAAUUUUUCGGCGCGAUGACAAAUUGUGUCGACCGUCUCGUGAGGGAGGGCGGUGUGGCGUGCUGCAUUCGGCUACUGGCAUAGCCGAAACCGUUAUAUUCGGCGCCACCGUCCAAGGUAUUAGUCUGUCUCGCGGGGGCGCACGCCGUGGUUUUUCGGUAUGAUAGUUUGCUCAAUAAUUGGGAGUGCUUGAUGAAGUCGCCCCGUUUAUGUAUGUGGUGCCUAAUUUUUGUGCGGACGUGGAAGAGUGUACGAAGUCCGCUAAAACCAACUGACUCUAAAAAGAAGCAAGUAAAGCAGUUGUAGCGCCAUCGCUGAGUUUCGACGGCAAUUCCAUUCGGACGUACUGCUAUAUUAUUUCAUGUUUGAGCCUUUCAUUGAUUCAUGCAUAUUAUAGUUGUUCGUCGUUUCCGACACGAACCCUCCGAUGUCGGCAAAGCGUCUCGCGACUUUUUUCCUUUUUUCUACCCUCGAGAUUGCGGUGUAAAAGCCUAAGUUAGUAAAGAUGGAUGAGAACAAAAAAAAAUUGUAGUAGGGAGAGGAAAUUGAGCGAACGUUGGUGCCACUCUCUUGUCCAGCGGUUUCAAUGUCAAGACAUAAGUCUACGUGUAUGUGGUGCCAGGGUUUGCUAGCGAAAGGGAGGUGCCAGCGGUCGCAAAGUGAUUUUGGGUGGCUGAUUUCUUUCGGGUUCUAUUUGCGUCCGAUUGUGAGGCAAGGGUUGCUGUUGUCUUUACACUAAACAGUGUGGAAGGGCCUAAAAGCUGUCAUUUGGUGGUUCAGUAGUGGAGCCUGUAUAGUGCCGGGUGCCCGGUAUAGUGCCGGUGUGUUCGGCUCGCACACACUGAAAUACCAAGUCGUUCUGUACUCUGAAUAGCGCCAGUGUCCGGUAUAUAGUGCCGGCAAAAUCUCUGGACACAUACGGGCACUAUACCGGGCCCACUACUGUACGUGUAGUAUAGUCUAGUAUUAUUCGAUUCUUGUCACGGGCGUAAGCUCUUAGCUUCGUAGUAGACUACAAUGUAAUGGUCGUAAAAAAAAAUGUAAUGGUCGUCUUUGUCAUCUUGUGGUGGACCACGUGUGCGUGCGUUUGGCAUGGAUUGAUGAUGGGUUCGGUUGUUCAUCGGCAUUCAUGCAUGUUGAAUGUACGUGUCCCUCUUGUUCCCCGUAGCUUUGGGCUGAGAGCUUCAUUGUCAGAACUUGAUGUCAUGCGUGUCUACGCGUGCGCGUGGCUCUCUCGCUCUCCUGCAGCACGCAUUGUCCAUGGUCUUUGCUUGUUGCCUACACACCGGGAUUCCCUCUAAAUGGAUGGACGAGUUAAGGGUGUGCGAAUGUUUGCGUACGUGUUCCAGUGAGUGGCGCAUGUCCGGGAGGAGGCGCAGAUUCAAGAGAGGUAUGUAAUAUCUUAGGUUCUGGCUUCCCCCCACCCCGCGUUGUGUGUGUUCGGUACUUGGAAAAAACGGGAUGGAAAAUAUCCGUCCCGCUAAAAUGUGCAAUGUGUCCAUGAAGGACAACGAAGAAACGAGGGGAAGAAGUUGUAAUUAUAUGGUAGAAGACGAAAAUGCAUUCGUUGCUAUCGGUUCCCGCUACCAGCGUAAAGGCGAUGUUGACUGGUGGGACGCUACCGCUCUCUU